CCAUCGGCGAGCAACAGAAGUCACCCAGAUUUUGGUCCACCCGAAAAGUUCUCUGCCCAGAGUAGUUUCCCGUAAAACCACCAACAAAAAAAAAAAACAAAAAGCUGAAAAAGAUGAAGCUGCAAACCGUUGUUGUCCUUUUGGCCCUCGGCCUCUUGGCCGUCCAGGCGGCGCCCGAGAAGAAGGUGGCCCAGAAGUCGCGCCAGGCGGAGUCGCAGGAGGCGAAGGUGGGCGUGGCAGGGGCAGCGGGAGCGGGAGCAGGAGCGGGAGCUGCUGCCAGCUCUACCGCCAAGGAUCCCUCCAGCGGUCGGCUCUUCCUGAAGAAGUUCCUCACCUUCAAGAAUCUGUUCAGCAGCAACAACCAGCCGGUGAUCCCGAUCAUCAUCACGGGUGCCGGAACGGGCAGCGGCACCGGCACCUCCACCUCCCCCACCACCCCGACGAUAACGGUGACCUCGACGGGCACCGUACCCUCGGCCACGGGCACCAUCACCACCUCGCCCACCUCAUCACCCACGACUACCACCACGGCCCGGCGAACGAUUGUCAAGGGGGCCCGCUACGGCAGCGACGAUCAGGAGGAGGAGCAGGAGCAGGACCACGACCAGGAUAUCGAGAAGGAGCAGGAUCAGGAGCAGGACCAGGAGCAGGACCAGGAGCCGCAGCUGGCCGCCCAGGCCUAUCCCGCCGAGCUGAUGGACGAACAGGCACUGCAGGCCGCCCUGGCAGCGGGUGCCCAGGAGUACGAGGUGGUCACCACCGGUCUGGAGGUGCAGGGCACCGCCGGCUCCUCCGGCGAGAGCAAGGCCCAGAGCAACCACAUCAGUCUGCGCCGCAAGGGCGCCCGCCGCGGCCAGGUGAUCAGCGUCCGCAUCCCACCCCGCUACAGGCGCUACUUCAAGAACGGCCAGAAGGUGAUGCUCAACACCGGCAGUCGGCCCUCCUCCAAGCGCCGCGUGGUCCGCCGACGUGUGCCGGCCAAGAAGCUGAACAAGAAGAACAACAACAAUAGGAAGAACGUGAACAGGAGGCGCAACGGCAACAAGAAGAACCGUCGCAAUCGCAACAAGAACCGUCGCAAUCGCAUCACCGCCGUCUAAGGACCCUGGAUGAAAAGCGGAGGAUCCCAUUGCCCUGGAUCCCCAAUCCGGCGAAUAAACCUUUUUUUUUUUUCUAAUUUAUUGUAGCCUAACUCGACACUGCCACACUUCCUGCGGCGGAAUGUACCCUUA